AUGAGAUUGAAGGUUCCUCCAGCUAUUGCUCAAUUCCAAAACACUUUGGACAAGAACACUGCUGCUCAAACCUUCAAGUUGUUCAACAAGUACAGACCAGAGACUGCUGCUGAGAAGAAGGAGAGAUUGACCAAGGAGGCCGCUGCCAUCGCUGAGGGUAAGAAGGCUUUCGACGUUUCUCCAAAGCCAGUUGUUGUCAAGUACGGUUUGAACCACGUUGUUUCUCUCAUUGAGAACAAGAAGGCCAAGUUGGUUUUGAUUGCCAACGACGUUGACCCUAUUGAGUUGGUCAUCUUUUUGCCAGCUUUGUGCAGAAAGAUGGGUGUUCCAUACGCCAUUGUCAAGGGUAAGGCUAGAUUGGGUACUUUGGUUCACAAGAAGACCUCUUCUGUCGCUGCUUUGACCGAGGUUGCUGCUGCUGACGAGUCUGAGUUGGCUAACUUGAUCUCUACCAUCAACGCCAACUUCAUUGAGAAGUACGAGGAGACCAGAAAGCACUGGGGUGGUGGUAUCAUGGGUGCCAAGCACAACGACAAGGCUGCCAAGAAGGCUAAGCAAAUGGACGUUGCCCCAGCUACUUCUGCUUAA